AUGGAGGAAAUCCUUACCCCCAACGACUACUACCCAGACGUCCCUUUUUCCUUUGCGACACUCGAAGACAAUGUCAUCUUCUGGGGUUUCAUCAUCCCCGGACGGAGGAUAUGGCUGGAUAUGUGUAGCUUCUUGUUUCUCCAUCAACUGUUUCACUUGGGGUGCGGUCGCGCUCACGCUUUCCAACAGUCAUACGGCGUGUACCUUUCUUAUUACCUCUCAGAUAACAUCUUCCCUGAGGCUAGUCCUAUUGAUUUUGCUCUGAUUGGGGGGUUGAACUUCUCUAUAGCCAUGUUGUCAGCCCCUGUUGUUACAAUCAUCGCGCGAAAGUACAGCACUAAAUUACCCAUGUUACUUGGAUUGGGAUUUUUGGCAACGGGAUAUAUCUCUGCGUCUUUCUCAGAAAGAAUCUGGCAGCUUUAUCUGUCACAGGGGAUUUUAGUUGGCUUUGGGGUUGGGUUUAUAUACAUCCCAAGUAUUGUGAUAGUCUCCCAGUGGUUUGAUAAGAAGAGGAGCCUUGCCAAUGGUAUCAGUGCUGCCGGGUCGGGGAUUGGUGGUUUGAUAAAGAUAUCUCAUGCUUGGGCUUUGCGAUUGACAGCCAUUUUAAGCUGCUCUGUCCUGUUCAUUGCCACAAUGCUAAUCCGAAACCGCAAUGACGCGAUACGACCAUCGGAGCGUGGAUUUGACAUUAAACUCCUACGCCGUCUAGACGUGGUUCUUUUGCUAUCGUGGGCAUUCAUUAGCAUGCUUGGUUAUAUUGCUCUGCUAUUUUCGCUUCCAGAUUAUGCGCGCUCUAUGGGACUUUCGGAUGCUCAAGCUACGACUAUCAACGCAAUAUUGAACUUGGGAACUGCGGUUGGCCGGCCCCUGAUCGGCAUUAUAAGCGAUAAAUUUGGCCGCAUUGAAGUUGCUGGCCUUUUGACCUGUGCUUGUGGCAUUAGUUGUUUUGCCAUUUGGCUUCCAGCAAUAUCAUAUGGAGUGCUCAUCCUCUUCGCUUGCGUUAGUGGGGCUAUCUUUGGAGCUUUCUGGGUUACAAUUGGGCCUUUAUGUGUUGAGGUUACCGGCCUAGAGGAGCUUCAAUCAACCCUAUCUUUAAGUUGGACUGUUAUUGUGCUUCCGACAACAUGUAAGCUUUCCAAACGAGAGUAUUCGAGCAAUCUAAGGCUGAUAUAA